UCAAGAUGCCUGGAGAAACUGGCCGCAGACGUUACAUUGACUGAUCGGAGAGGAGUUGGUGCAGUGCUCAUGGAGUUGACCAGCGCGUGAGGGUUGUGCCCACCGCUGUCCGUCGCUCGCCGCCGCCCCACCAUGUCGCUGAGAAUAUUAGCGUGAACAUAAACUUUGUGUCGAGCCGUCCCUCCUCCGCUGGCAACAACACAAUGAAAAAUCGCACGGAGGACGGAUCGGUCAAGCGCCCUUCGUGUGACGACCUGCGGUGCCCGAAGCUGCCGCGCCUUGAUGGUGAGGACGCCCUGGACGCCCACACUACCGCCGUGCCGGACCUGCCGGACUCUGCUCCCUACGAGACUCCCUCGCCCGUCGACCUUUCCGGGGAGACGAGCCUCGGCUUCCCCGAAGCCUCCACCGCGGCCUCCGCCACCACCACAGCCGCCGUCACCGCCGCUUCGGGCCUCACGCCGCCGGUACUCAAGAUCCCCUCCACCAUGAAAUGUCUGACGACCUUUGACCUGCCAGGUAAGGCUGACCUGCACCAGCUGCUCACCAACAACCUGGCGCAGCACUUGGCGGUGCAGAACGAAAGACUAAAGAGCAACCUGCUGUUCGGCCACAAUCACGCAGGAUUACUCAGGCCGCCGCCCCCCGCCCCCUCAGGCGCCCCCCGGCCCACGCGGGACCCCGCCUCCCUCACGCGAGGACCCCAAGACACUCCUGCCCCGCACGAUGCCACGCGACCGACCGACGAUGAGUUAACAAGGGAAGACCACGAGGAGAAGAAAACCACUAAGGAGGCGGUGGAGCAGCACGCAGGUGAGGCUCCCGAGGAGGGUGAAGGCGGCGCCCCUCACCGUGUCACGCCCUUCUCCGUGCUGGACAUCCUCGACCCCCACAAGUUCACCGGUAGGACGCCUGACGACGACAUGGGCGACUCCUCCUCAGACCGCCAGGACGAAGACGACGCUUACAUCUCAGUGUGUUCCGACUCUGGCGACGAGGGCGACGGCCAGGGCGGCUCCAAGAACAAAGGCAGUCGGUCCGGGAGUCACCGCAAGGGAGGAGGCGGCCCGGGAGGAGGAUCAGGCGGUGGCAAGCCCCGGCGGGCGCGCACGGCCUUCACCUACGAGCAGCUGGUGUCGCUGGAGAACAAGUUCAAACAAACUCGGUACCUGAGCGUGUGUGAGAGACUCAACCUGGCGCUGGCACUCAACCUGACCGAGACGCAGGUCAAGAUCUGGUUCCAGAACCGACGCACCAAGUGGAAGAAACAGAACCCGGGCUGCGACGUGAACCAGCCCACGCAGCCCCCCAGCCCGCCCAUCUCCACCUAUCCCGGCAGUCUCCUCACCCCCCCACCGCCCCUCCUGUGCCCCGCCCCCCUGUCCUUCAGAGGGCCACUGCCUCCCCACACACCUCUCGCCGCCCUCUACCUCCACCACCUCGCCCGCUGACACCCGCCUUCCUCCUCCUAGUCUGUUGCUUGCUGAUAAAGUAUAUUUUCCAACAGCCUACACUCCUGUUUCUUAAGAGAAGGAUAUUUUAUGCUCUGUGAGUAUGGAUUCUCCAAUUUACUUCAUUUCGUCUCACAUCUCACCCACAUGAUUGUUUUUGUUUUCUUUUCUCUCUGCUCAACACUACACACUGUCAUCACGGCGCCAGGUUCCUCUCUACCUCUUCAUCUGUCUACCUCCCGCAUCACAUCCCUUCCAGACACACUCCUGUUCUCUCACCACCACCCCGCUACCUCCCUUUCCUCCCCUUCAACCCCACCACUACCUCCUGCCCCGCCCCGCGUCCCACCACCGCCACGGACGUCGCCUGCACGAUCUUCACGGGGUGCAGUGUUCUCGCGGCUCGUGUAUGUGUCCUGGGGCAGUGGUCGCCGCAGCGUACACUGCCGCGGCGCGGGACAGAGAAAGUUUACAUGUAAUGACACAUAUCUCAAUUAUGCUUUAUACAUAGACCUUAUACAUAUUACAGUUAUUUGUCUCCAUAUUAUUUAUCAAGGAAGAUAUAUUAUUAGUUAUAUAUAUAUAUAAUUGUAAAGAAAUCCAUAUGAAGGUGUAAAUCAUGUACAAAGUAAUGGUAAGGCAGACUGUGAGGCGGCCAGCCAGGCCCCGCGUUCUCUCCACGUUCCUGUGUACAGAAGAUUAAUAUAUG